CAGCCAUCCAUUAGCAGAUGGACAGACACGGAAAAACGGUCAAAUUCUUUUGUGUGACAAGUGUUUCGUGUCCAAAUGCAUGAAAAUGACAAUUUCCUAUGCUCGAGCAGUAAACGUUAUAAAAUCUGUCCCAAAAUGGAGAUACCCACCACAAAGUAUCUAGCGGAUUAUCUCUAUGUUGUGCAUGAGGAUGUGCCAUUUCGUUAUUAUCGCAAAACCAAAUGUUCAGUAUUUCGUGGUUUAGUACUGUGCCUUUGCUUGAACGUCACCUAUGCCAAUGUUGUACGUUUCCCACGGGAAUUGGAUAAAUAUGGUCUGGCAUAUAUGAUACCAUAUAUUUUACUACUAUUUCUAGUCGGUCUGCCCAUUGUAUUGUUGGAAAUAUCAGUGGGGCAAUUUUUGGGACAGGGAGCAGCACACACGUGGCGAGCAUCUCCGAUAUUUAAAGGCGCCUGUAUAAUUAGUCGAUUUGCCUCAUGGAUAUCAACGGUAUGGAUAUCACUGCAAGCUGUAAUGUCCAUCGGAUACAUUGGCAUGUUUUCAUUCAAUACGAUGCCAUUUCGUGAAUGUGUCGGUAAUAUACGACUCCUAUCGGAUCGUUAUAUGCUCACCAAUAACAGUGCCCAAGAAUGUAUGCAGAAAACAUUUUUAAUACCAUUUUGGGAGAAUCCUUUUUAUUUUGGUCUGUUAUCUAUUGGCUUGGUCGCUGUAUGGAUGAUCGUUAUGUUUUGCACACAUAAUGGACGUGUAGUACGGCGCGUAUUAUUCACAUUGGGUCUGCUGGGCUUUACACUACUUUGCUGCCUGACAUCAUGGGAAGUACACAAUACACUGCAUCGUUCGGUUCCAUAUUUCCCCGAACUGUGGCAAUUUACCCAAAAAUAUCUACUGGAAAGUAAUCUGUGGUUCAAUGCCCUAAUGCAAGUCAUAUUCUCAUUGAAUUGUGGCAUGGGAGUUUUACCCAUGGUUACGGGUAAAUUUCUCUAUAAAGGUGAUGCGGUACGAACAUCGGUGGUGUAUUUAUGUUUCAAUUUGCUGAUCAAUGCUAUAUCGGUGACAUUGUUUAUGAUACAAUUCGAUCAUUCCGCCAAUGGAGGAUAUUUAAUUGAUGAACUGAAACCGUUGACUGCUAUAUACGAUCGUAUUCUGUACGAUACACCUCAGCAUGCCUUGUGGGUUAAACUGCUGCCAUCGCUGAUAAAUGGUUUGGUUGUGGUGGCCUGUCUUGUGUCGAUUGUUGUGGGUGUCUACACCUGUACGAGAUUGGUACCGCGGCAUCCAAAUUAUGUCAUAAGUUUGGUGGGUCUGGUGGCGGCCAUUAUAUCUCUAUCAUCACCGAAUUUUUAUGUGGCCCGCGUUUUGGAUUCACGUGUUGUGGGUACAAUGAUUGUCACCGCCUUGGUAUUUGAAUUAAUUGCUCUCACUUGGAUAUAUGGUGUCAAGAAUAUUUAUACCGAUCUGGAGUUCUCCAUUGGGCGUCCCAUAUUCAAAAUAUGGUUGGGUUUCUGGUGUGUAUGUCCUGCGAUUUUAACAGGGCUACUGGUGUGGUGGUGUUCGGAUGAUGAUCAAAAUGAUAUCUUACCCCAGAUAAUGCCACGUUGGGCGCCAAUCUUGUUUGUCAUUUUCAUAAUUUUACUCAUUGCUUGUGUGCAAAUAUUCCGCCAGGUGGAAUAUAAUUUCUUUGGUAUGAUAUGUGAAGCAUCUAAAUCGGCCAAGGAAUGGGGUCCAGCUGAUCCGUUGGCUCGCCAUGCAUGGAAACAAUGGCGUUCAGUGUGUCAAGAUACCGGCCAACGUGAUUUCACUUUGAGACGACGUGGCACCCGUGACUAUACCCAUUCCAUUAAAAAGGGCCAAUAUUCCACAUCGGGCAAGUAUGCCAAUGGCCAGGCGAAUGGAGCAACACAACAGCACUGGAAAUCGUCCACACCGGGUAACAGUUCGCCCAAUUAUAGUGGUUCAGUGUUUGGCGAUUCAGCCAUAGAGGAGGAUAUCAGCGUGGAUAAGUUUCCGGGAAUUUCGCAACAAUUUGUGCCAUUUCACAACAAUGACAAUCACAAGCCGUUGAGGUAUUCGCAUAGAUCUCGGAAUCAGCAACAUGCACCACCACCGCCGCCACCUUCACAACAACAGAAGAUAAAUGUCAAUGGUUACGCGAACAGCAGUCAUCACCAUCAGCAACAUCCAUCACAUCACAUGCAAGGCGGACAAGUUGAACUGCGCAGCACCAAUCCGGAUACACCAAAACAUCGAGAAAUUGUCUAUAUUAGACGUAUGUCCUCCGAAGAGGGUUCACAUGCUACACGCAUUGAAAUUACACCAUCCAAUGAGUCCAUUUCGUACGCCACCUCACGUAAUCCCACAUCACGAACGAGUGCAGAAGAGCCGCACCACCAUCCGCAUUCGGGUAAGCGGAACUCCCAAAAUGCCAAUAAAUUGGAAAAUAAUCGAAAUUCUUCCUCGAAGCUGCCACCGACCAUUAACGAUGAUAAUGGUGAUCACAUAUGUUGGCGCAAAUUCUCCAUGAAUCCUCAAGAAUAUUCAACGGAAUUGUGAU